GAUCAAUCAACAUUCUCAAAGUCACAAUCUUUGAACUAAAAUAAACACUAUGGAACUAGCAUUAACAUCAACAGAUCAUCAUCUUCAGUUGAGCAAUAAUCCAUCGCCUUCGGAGGCACAUCCAGACAGUAUGGACUUUCUAUCUCGAGAAUGGUGUAAUUUUGCGGUUCAAUCGCUUCAGCCUGACCAUUACGACCGUUCCAUUGUCCCCGUAGAGACAUCGAUCGCCAAGUUUCAAGGCGACUCAAGUCCUGUUUCUUGUUCUAAGAUGGAUAAGAGUCUGAAGAUGGACGAUCCAGAUUUUAAGCCCUCGAUGCCUUCAUGGAAAACAAAUGAUGUCAAGUCAUGGAUAUGGAUGCAACAAGCAAUGCACCCGGAACUGAGCUACGAAGGCUUCUUCCGCAAGAAACUUAAACUUCCAUGGAAGAUUACGCCGUCGAUAAAGAAAUGGUGGAAAGAGAUUAAAGCGAAACGAAAGGAAGAAGUGAGGCUACAGAGAGCUGAAGUCCACGCCGCCGUUUCGUUAGCCGGUCUGGCCGCCGCUCUUGCCGCCGUAGCUUCCGAGAAAGCUGAAAAGGACGGUGGUAAUAAUCGACCAAACACGAAAGAGGCAGCCGUGGCGUCUGCGGCCGCUGUGGUGGCAGCGCAGUGUGCUCAGAUGGCAGAGACAAUGGGAGCAAACAGAGACCAGCUCAGUACAAUGAUUGGUUCGGCCAUGACUGGGACAAGUGUCAGUGAGAUACUCGCUCUCACUGCCUCAGCUACAACUUCUUUGAAAGGUGCUGCGACGCUAAAAGCAAGAAGAAGUUGCAAUAUCAAUAGAUUGAGCGGCUCUGCGCCUGUGUUACCUAUUGAAGAAUCUUCUGAGUUGCCUCCUGAAUUUGACAAGAACAGAUACCUUCUUUCUCAAGGAACCGAUCUCUUUGUUGAGACACCAGAUGGGGAUUUCAAAGCUAGGACAGUGUCUAUAGUCUUAAAAAAGGAAGGGAAGGUGAUUCUUAAAAUGAAGAAACAUAACUUACUCAGGACUAAGAAAGAAUGUGUUGUGACAAAUGUUCAUGUGGAACUUUAUAAAGACUCGGAGAGCGAAGACAACAACAUAGAAGACACUUGUUAUCUCAUUGUCCUGAAGACGAACAGAGGAGCUAUGAAACUAGACAUGGCUGAUGAUUACGGUCGUUACAAGACAUGGAUCACAACGAUCCAACACAUGCUCACUCUCUCCUCUUCUUCCUUCCGUACAAAAUACGAUCUCACUUUCUACAACAAAAACUGAAUUGUUUUUUCACACUUGUUCUUCAAUUUCUAUAUUUAAUUUGCAUAUUAUUUUGCCUCCUCCUUUGUUGUUAUAAUAUAAUGAAUAAGAACUUGAGAACUUACUAACA